UCCUUCUUCCACUAAUAAGCACAAGACUGAGAGUGAGGAGGAGUUGUUGAUGGUUCCAGACAUGGAAGCAGCUGGAUCAACAGGUGUUGUAAGCAGCAGUGCCGACGAUGGAGUCAACAAUCAAGAGAUUGACCAGACACAAAAUGCAACCUCAAACGCCAAGCGACCCCGUGGACGAACCCCAGCUGAUAAAGAACACAGGAGCCUCAAGAGAUUGUUGAGGAAUAGAGUAUCUGCACAACAAGCGAGGGAGAGGAAGAAAGUGUAUGUGAGUGAUUUGGAAUCAAGAGCUAAUGAGUUGCAGAACAACAAUGAUGAACUUGAGGAGAAGAUCUCUACUUUGAUUAACGAGAACACAAUGCUUCGCAAAAUGCUUAUUAACACUAGGCCUAAACCAGAUGAUCAUCACUGA